AUGCCAAAUAAAGGAAAUAGAGAAAACAAUUUGGAAAGGAAAAUUAGUAUUGCCAGAAAGAUCAUAUUCAAGCAAACACAAAUUGAUAUGAUUUUAUCUAAAAAAAUUUUUGAGACCACGUCUAACUCAAAUAAUCUUGAAAAAGAAAGUUAUCUUAAUAAAUUGAUUUCAAAGGACCUUCAAAUCUCAAAGAUCACCUUACAGAGGAUUUGAAAAAAAUUAUAUGCAACAUAG